CAUGCGGACAAUGUUUAUUGGCCAUAGCAUCCACUGUCAUUUCCCGUUAACGAUUCCCAAUAGAUGUCAGGUUAUUGGGCGGACUAUCUACAGCAGACCUAAGAACUGAUAUCUCUGGAACACAUGUAUUCUGGUGUUGUUACUGCUGUAGGCGAGAACCACGUGCAGAUAUAGAUUGCCACGACUGCUGGUCCUGAGGUAAAACCAGCGGAGAUGACGAGAAUAAGACUUCACAAGCUUCUAACGUUCCUCUGUGGAGUGUUGCUAACGUUGAUGCUGGUAACAUCGUCAUCGUGGUUUAGCUGUGACCUCUCGGACAUUCCAAAGGCGAAAGUUAUGAAUCGAUUAGAAGUAUUACAGACGCGGCCAUCCCAGUCGCAGGCAAUUCAGCAGGUAUUACCCACAGAAGAUGCACUUAUGGGGAUGAGCAGAAAGGAUGUAAGCCAGAUAUAUCACGACUAUGUGGCCACGAUACAGGUGACGUGCCAGAGGACGAUCCGACCAGGGCGUUCUGGAGACGGCGGCUGGGACGUGUGUGUAGAUCCACCGUACCGGCUUCAUGCACCGUGUUUGGUGUACUCAUUUGGAAUAAACUUUGACUUCAGCUUUGAUGAUGACAUAGCGAACAAAUACGGUUGUGAUGUGCAUUCGUAUGACCCAAGCAUGAAUGUCGGCGACCACUUGCGUGGGCAACGAAUCUACUUCCACAAAACAGGUCUAAAUGCUACUGACGUCAUUAAUGAAGAUGGAUGGCGCAUGCGCACAUUCUCGUCUAUCUUGAAGGACAACAAUCAUUCUCAGGAAACCAUUGAUCUGCUUAAAAUAGACAUUGAAACGUCAGAGUUAUGGGCCUUACCGGAAAUGCUGGAAUCGGGAUCGCUGCGCCAUGUAAAGCAGCUGUGUUUUGAAAUGCAUAUAAAGAGAGGUUUUCAGGACGAACCAACUAAAGAGAAAUAUAUUUUUGGGUUGUCAGUAUUUCGAAAUUUAUAUGAAUAUGGUUUUAGAAUUUUCAAAACACAUAAAAAUAUGUAUGCAAAAUAUAUUUCAAUAUAUGGAAUGGAGCGUACUGGGUGCCAUGAAAUUUACAUGAUCCGCAAGUUGAAAAACAUAUUAUUAGUCGAAUAAACGCAUUUGGUGAAUUC